CGCGCACCACCACGCCGUCUCGUCAUUUCCUUCUCUGAACCCUGUUCCUCGCUCGACCUUUGCGAAGACAAAACUGAAAGACAAAAAUGGAAGACAAAACUUCUCUGUUUAAGGUCAUAUUGGGGUCAUCUUCCAUAGCUCGUCGUAAAAUACUAGCUGAAAUGGGAUAUGAAUUCACAGUCAUGAGUGCAGAUAUUGACGAGAAAGGUAUCAGAAAGGAGAAGCCAGAGGAGUUGGUCAUAGCUCUUGCUGAAGCAAAGGCUGAUUCUAUUUUAUCAAAGCUACAAACUAUCAAUAACCAAGAGAAGGAUGAAAGACCAACUAUUUUGAUUGCUGCUGACACAGCAGACGCCAUCUUACACAGACUCCCCGUUGGUGAUCACGUAAAGGAAGCUGAGCCAACAUUACUAAUUACUUCUGACCAAGUGGUGGUCUAUGAAGGUGCUGUAAGGGAAAAACCAGCCAAUGAGAAAGAAGCUCGUGAAUAUAUCAAAGGCUAUUCCGGUGGGCACGCUGCAACCGUGGGAUCUGUUCUAGUUACAAACCUUAAAACUGGAUUCAGAAAAGGGGAAUGGGACAGAGUGGAGAUAUAUUUCCAUGAAAUACCAGAUGAGGUUAUUGAGAAACUGAUUGAGGAAGGGACUGUACUACAUGUUGCUGGAGGCCUGAUUAUUGAGCACCCUUUGAUAAAGCCGUAUGUUAAACAAGUGGUAGGGACAACAGACAGUGUGAUGGGAUUGCCCAAAGCUCUCACUGAGAAACUCAUAAAGGAAGCCCUCUAGGAGCCGCAUCAUUUUGGGUUCCAUUGAUGAAGCUUAAGGCAUUCCAUAGUCUGUGUUAAGACAUUGUACUUUGCCCAAAUUGUGUUCACUGUUCUGAACUUCUGAUUAAAUCAUCCAUACCCCACUCGAUUGCGCAUUA